AUGCCUGCCAAGCCGACAUCCCUUUGCUAUAAACUGUUACAAACCCAGACAUAUACACAAUUACCAUACUUUACCAGAAUAUGGAGAGAACACUUAGACAAAGACUUGGAAGUAGGAGAUUGGAAGAAUAUCUUCCAAACGAUCUUUCACGCACACUCUAGCAUACCACUACAGGAGAUUAACUAUAAAUUCAUCACCAAGUGGUAUACCACCCCGGUGGAUAUACACAGAUUUGACCCCAACUCAUCACCGGUGUGUUGGAGAUGCAACUCAGAUAAGGGCACCUUCCAACACAUAUGGUGGUCAUGCGGUGAGCUAUCGGGCUUCUGGAAAGAAGUCUGGAAUACUGUCAAUCUAGUAGUAGACACGUCCAUACCCUUCAACCCCGAGGCACUCCUCUUAUUCCACUUUAAAAUACCACACCGUCAAUUCAAACAUUCCCUCGUCUACUUUAUGCUGACAGCGGCAAAAAGCUCAAUAGUGAAUCACUGGAAAUCGGCGAUUCCGCCCUCUAAAAAAGAUUGGUUUCAAAGAAUAGAACAUUUCCAUGGGAUGGAAGAACUCAGAUGGGGAUCUUUAGACAAAUAUCACAGAUACAAAGACAUAUGGCAACCCUGGAAAGAAUUAUUGAGAGGUAGACAGGCUGAAGACUAA